AUGCCACCCCUGUACAUAUUACUCGGAGGGUUUCUUCUCUUCUCUUCCUUGCACACUACAAGUCUCGCUGCAACUGCGAGAGGUGAUACUCUUGCAGCAGGUGAGGCCCUUGCUGCUAGCGACAAGCUCAUAUCAAGAAAUGGCAAGUUCGCGCUCGGCUUCUUCCAGUUCCAGCAGAGCCCUGGUACCACCAGUAAGUCUCCCAACACCAACACCAACACCACCACCACUUCCUCCUCCCUUGGCUGGUACCUUGGCAUAUGGUUCAAUAAGAUACCAGUUUUUACCACUGUCUGGGUCGCCAAUAGGGAGAAGCCCAUCACUGACCGUGAGCUGAAGCUGGCACAGCUCAAAAUUUCAGGAGAUGGCAAUCUCGUCAUCAUGUUAAGCAAUGCCAGUACUGAAUCCAUAAUCUGGUCCACUACUGGCAUUGUUUUCACUAGCACAAACAACACCAGUGUCGUCCUCAUGAACAAUGGAAACCUUGCCCUCAAACCAGAAACCUCAUCUAAUGAAGUACCGCUGUGGCAGAGCUUUGACUACCCAACGGAUGUCGGGCUACCUGGUGCCAAGAUAGGACGAAAUAAGGUCACUGGUUUCAACCAUCAGUUCAUCUCAAAGAAGAGCCUGAUUGAUCCAGGUCUUGGCUCAUACUCCGUCCAGAUAGACACCAACGGGGUGUUGCUCCUCAGAAGUCGGAAGCCCCCCUUUGUAGUGUACUGGUCUUGGCCAUCUGGAAAAUUAGCAGAACUUGUAUCGGCCCUGAAUGCUCUGCUAGACAUGGAUCCAAGGACCAAAGGUUUACUUAAGCCCACGUAUGCCGAUAACGACAAAGAGGUGUACUUCACAUACACCUUACUGGAUGAAUCAGCUUCUGUAUUCGUUCCAAUAGACAUCACUGGUCAGCUUAAGCUGAAAGUUUGGUCACAAGCCACGGAGUCUUGGCAGAACAUAUAUGCCCAGCCUUCUUAUUUCUGCACAACGUAUGCCGUCUGUGGACCUUUCACGGUCUGCAAUGGCAAUGCGAGUCCAUUUUGUAGCUGUAUGGAGAGCUUCUACCAAAAGUCACCUCGGGAUUGGGAGCUUGAUGAUCGGACAGGAGGGUGUGCCAGAAAUACUCCCUUAGACUGCACUACUAGCAACAAAAGCACAAGAAGUUCCACAGAUGUGUUCCACCCUAUAGCUCGCGUUUCGUUGCCCUAUGAUCCCCGGAGAUUAGAAGAUGCUACCACACAAAGCAGUUGCGCAAAGGCUUGUCUUAAUGACUGCUCCUGCACUGCUUAUGCCUAUACCAAUAGUAUAUGCUCUGUCUGGCAUGGAGAAUUGCUUAAUGUAAAUCAGGCUGAUGGAAAUGGUAUCACUUCUCAAGACGUUCUUUACAUUCGCCUUGCUGCAAGAGAUUUGAAAAGUUUUACAAGAGACAACAAAAGAAUACCAAUAGUUGUUAUUGUAGUAACAUGCUCAGCUAGUUUGGGGUUCCUAAUAAUGCUCGUGCUGCUGUUGAUGAUAUGGAGGAACAGAUUUAAGUUGUGUGGUGCGCCAUUACACGGCAUUCAAGGUACUGGUGGUGGAAUUGUAGCUUUUAGAUACACUGAUUUAUGCCAUGCUACUAAAAAUUUCUCCGAGAGGCUUGGAGGUGGUGGCUUUGGUUCUGUAUUCAAGGGGGUGUUAAGUGACUCGACUACUAUAGCAGUGAAAAGGCUUGAUGGUGCCCGCCAGGGAGAGAAGCAAUUCAGGGCUGAGGUGAGCUCAAUCGGAUUGAUCCAACAUAUCAACCUAGUUAAAUUGAUUGGUUUCUGUUGUGGAGGUGAUAAGAGGCUACUUGUGUAUGAGCACAUGCUAAAUGGGUCUCUUGAUGGCCAUCUAUUUCAGAGCAAUGCUGCCGUCCUUAGUUGGAGCACCAGGUAUCAAAUAGCCAUAGGAGUUGCUAGAGGAUUGCUGUACCUGCAUAAGAGUUGCCGCGAAUGCAUCAUACACUGUGACAUUAAGCCAGAAAACAUACUUCUGGACGCAUCAUUUGUUCCUAAAAUUGCAGACUUCGGGAUGGCAGCGUUUGUCGGAAGGGAUUUCAGCCGAGUUCUAACUACAUUCAGAGGCACUGCAGGGUAUCUUGCCCCUGAGUGGCUUAGUGGUGUUGCUAUUACACCAAAGGUUGAUGUCUAUAGCUUUGGUAUGGUACUGCUGGAAAUCAUAUCAGGAAGGAGGAACUCACCAGAAGUGCACAGUAGUAGCGGUUAUCAUGUUACUUAUUUCCCUGUGCAAGCCAUCAGCAAGCUUCAUGACGGAGACCUGCAGAGUUUGAUGGACCCACAGUUACAAGGUGAUUUCAAUUUGCAUGAGGCUGAAAGGGUUUGCAAAGUUGCAUGCUGGUGCAUCCAAGAUAAUGAGUUUGAUCGGCCGGAAAUGGUUGAAGUGGUCCGGGCUCUUGAGGGUCUCCAGGAGUUUGGUAUACCCCCAAUGCCAAGACUACUUGCAGCUAUAACACAAUCCUCUGAUGCGGCUUCAUUGCAAUGAUUCAUAAGUACUUCGUCGUAUAGUCUAUCCAUCAGCCGGCCGGUGGGAGCUUUCAUGUAAAAACAUUGUUUCAGCAAAUUUGAAAGAUGUAAUG